AUGGAGAACAAUGCCAACGACGCCAAUGCCAACGACGCCAAUGCCAACGACGCCAAUGCCAACGACGCCAAUGCCAACGACGCCAAUGCCAACGACGCCAAUGCCAACGACGCCAAUGCCAACGACGCCAAUGCCAACGACGCCAAUGCCAACGACGCCAAUGCCAACGACGCCAAUGCCAACGACGCCAAUGCCAACGACGCCAAUGCCAACGACGCCAAUGCCAACGACGCCAAUGCCAACGACGCCAAUGCCAACGACGCCAAUGCCAACGACGCCAAUGCCAACGACGCCAAUGCCAACGACGCCAAUGCCAACGACGCCAAUGCCAACGACGCCAAUGCCAACGACGCCAAUGCCAACGACGCCAAUGCCAACGACGCCAAUGCCAACGACGCCAAUGCCAACGACGCCAAUGCCAACGACGCCAAUGCCAACGACGCCAAUGCCAACGACGCCAAUGCCAACGACGCCAAUGCCAACGACGCCAAUGCCAACGACGCCAAUGCCAACGACGCCAAUGCCAACGACGCCAAUGCCAACGACGCCAAUGCCAACGACGCCAAUGCCAACGACGCCAAUGCCAACGACGCCAAUGCCAACGACGCCAAUGCCAACGACGCCAAUGCCAACGACGCCAAUGCCAACGACGCCAAUGCCAACGACGCCAAUGCCAACGACGCCAAUGCCAACGACGCCAAUGCCAACGACGCCAAUGCCAACGACGCCAAUGCCAACGACGCCAAUGCCAACGACGCCAAUGCCAACGACGCCAAUGCCAACGACGCCAAUGCCAACGACGCCAAUGCCAACGACGCCAAUGCCAACGACGCCAAUGCCAACGACGCCAAUGCCAACGACGCCAAUGCCAACGACGCCAAUGCCAACGACGCCAAUGCCAACGACGCCAAUGCCAACGACGCCAAUGCCAACGACGCCAAUGCCAACGACGCCAAUGCCAACGACGCCAAUGCCAACGACGCCAAUGCCAACGACGCCAAUGCCAACAUCAGCAGUCACUCGAAUCAUCAUAUGGCUGUUUUGACACCUCCAGAAGGGAAUGGGACUCUCACUCGUGCUAACGUCGCGCCAUUUCUGAAAACUGACUUGGCUGAAAAGCCGAGAGCUCUAGAGAAGUUAGAGAAGGACAACAAGUACAAAGAUCGUUCCAGCCACAUAAGAAUUUUUAGAGUUCGACAGAGAGCUUUAACGCUCUUAUCUUUGAUGAGAGGUUCCAAUCAAAUAUUACGGCAGGAAUAA